AUGUUCUACUUCCACUGCCCCCCGCAGCUAGAGGGCACGGCGGUGCCGGGGGGNCACUCCGCCGGCGACUUCGACGACGCGUUCCUGCGAAGGAAGCAGCGCCGCAACCGCACCACCUUCACCCUGCAGCAGCUCGAGGCACUGGAAGCCGUUUUUGCUCAAACCCACUACCCCGAUGUGUUCACUAGGGAAGAGCUGGCUAUGAAAAUCAACCUCACGGAAGCCAGGGUGCAGGUGUGGUUCCAAAACCGAAGAGCUAAAUGGAGGAAAACAGAGAGGGGUGCUUCCGACCAAGAGGGCUCUAAGGAAACAAUGGCUGAGGUGGCACCUCCUGCGAGGAAUUUGAAUUCCCCUUCUCCAGCAGAUCAAACCAGGAAUAAAAAAGAGAGUCUGGAGAUCCAGCAGAGCCUGAGUCGAGCAGUGGGUCCUACAGGACCUUUCUUCCCUUCCUGCCUGCCGGGGACUCUUCUCAACACAGCCACCUACGCACAAGCUUUAUCCCAUGUCGCCUCUCUAAAAGGGAGCCCGCUGUGCUCGUGCUGUGUUCCAGACCCCAUGGGCCUCUCCUUCCUGCCCACCUACGGCUGCCAAAGCAACCGCACCGCCAGCGUGGCUGCGCUGCGCAUGAAGGCCCGGGAGCACUCGGAGGCUGUGCUCCAGUCUGCAAACCUCCUGCCCGCCGCUAGCAGCAGCCCCACUCCUCCUGCCAAACCCGGCCCCGAGGACAGCCAGGACAAGCAGCCCUCUCCGGCCAAGGAGCACAUGGAAGGAGAGAAGAGCGUAUGA